AUGGAGGACAAAUCCCCAUCCGUUUGCCGGCUAUGUAACAUCGCGCUAGCCAGCCCAAACGAUUGGCGACAGCAUGCAAAGAGCGACUGGCAUGUCUACAAUCUUCGCGUGCGAGUUGCAGAACCCGGAACAGUCGUACCACGGCCAUCUUCCUCAUCCAGCUCAAAGGCAUCUUCAGUAUUAAAUCCCCAAAAAGCCGUAGAUGCAGUGAACGAAAAUUAUUUGGAUGACGAUCCCGACAGCGUCGAUACAGAGCUUUCUGUAGAGCCGGAGUUUAACCCCGGACAGUGUCUCUUCUGCGGCACGGAGAAUGACACCUUCGAGGACAAUCUCGCGCAUAUGUCAAAGGAACACAGUUUCGCUAUACCUCAUGAAGCCGAUUUGACAGUCGAACCUGAUACGCUUAUCGGAUACUUGCACCUAGUCAUUUACGGAUAUCGUGAAUGCAUUCUAUGCGCCACGAACCGUAGCUCUGUUGAAGGGAUUCAGCACCAUAUGAUGGCCAAAGGGCAUUGCCGCUUUAACGUCACUUCAGAUACUGCAGAUUUUUACAAUAUUCCUACCCUAGAAUAUGAUGCCGAUGAAGAAUUGUUGCGACUACCAUCAGGCAAGCUCCUCGGUCACCGUACGAGAGUAUCUAGAUCAGCGGCGCCGACGGUAGCACGCCAGACAGGGGAGCCACGCAUAGAAGCUGCAGCCUCACAGCCAAUGAUACCAACACAACCAUCAGAUCUUGCUGUAGUACAAGAUAAUGAUACUACGGGCCCAGCUCACACUCAAUUGUCACGGCUUACACGCGGCGAUCAACAAAGUCUGGCACACCUACCAGACCACGAAGUCCGGUCACUGCUUGCCACCAGCGCUCGGCAUAUCGAUCAAUUGAGGCGGGAAGAAAAAGAUGCACAGCUCAAGUUGGAAACAGCGGGGAAUACUACGUUAACUGGGCAUUUUAGAAUGGAUACAUCCAAGCGGUUCCGAGGUCCUUGGGGUUAG